GCCCCGCCCCCUCUCCUGCCUUCCCUCCCGGGGUUGCUGCAGCGUCUUCGGCCGGCGAUGAAGAGGUCUGAGCCGUUGGCUGCUCUCCGCCGGGAAGAGGCGUCCUGCUCCUCCUGGGGAGCUUGCAGUGCAAGUAAAAAUUUUCCUACCAUGUCAACAGAAUCUGUGGAAAUCGAUGAUGGAUUAUACAGUCGACAGAGGUAUGUUCUUGGUGACACAGCAAUGCAGAAGAUGGCCAAGUCCCAUGUCUUCUUAAGUGGUGUGGGUGGUCUUGGAGUAGAAAUUGCAAAGAAUCUUGUUCUCGCAGGGAUUAAGGCACUGACAAUUCAUGAUACAAAAAUAUGUCAAGCAUGGGAUCUAGGGACCAAUUUCUUUCUGUGUGAAGAUGAUGUUGUUAAUGAGAGAAACAGGGCUGAAGCUGUACUUCAUCAUAUUGCAGAACUAAAUCCAUAUGUUCAUGUCUCAUCAUCCUCUGUCCCUUUUGAUGAAACUACAGAACUCUCCUUCUUAAAAAAAUACCAGUGUGUAGUAUUGACUGAAGUGAAACUGACCUUACAAAAGAAGAUCAAUGACUUUUGCCAUUCUCAGUGCCCUCCAAUUAAGUUUAUUAGUGCAGAUGUACAUGGAAUUUGGUCCAGGUUGUUUUGUGAUUUUGGUGACGAAUUUGAAGUUUCAGAUACAACAGGAGAAGAACCAAAGGAAAUUUUCAUUUCAAACAUAACACAAGCUAAUCCAGGCAUUGUUACAUGCCUUGAAAAUCAUCCUCAUAAUCUUGAGACAGGACAAUUCCUAACAUUUCGAGAAAUUAAUGGAAUGACAGGUUUAAAUGGAUCUAUACAGCAGAUAACUGUGGUGUCGCCGUUUUCCUUCAGCAUUGGUGACACCACAGAACUGGAUCCAUAUUUACAUGGAGGCAUAGCUGUACAAGUUAAGACUCCGAAAACAUUUUGCUUUGAAACCCUGGAGAGGCAGAUAAAACAUCCAAAGUGCCUUAUUGCAGAUUUUAGCAAACCUGAGGAACCUUUACAGAUUCAUGCAGCCAUGCUUGCCUUGGACCAUUUUCAGGAAAACUACAGUCGCAAGCCAAAUAUCAGAUGUCAGCAAGAUUCAGAUGAACUGUUGAAAUUAACAGUAUGUAUAAGUGAAACCUUGGAAGAGAAGCCUGAAGUGAAUCCUGACACUGUGCGCUGGCUCUCGUGGACUGCCCAAGGCUGUUUGCCCCCACUUGCCGCCGCAGUCGGGGGCGUUGCCAGCCAGGAAGUGUUGAAAGCUGUGACAGGGAAGUUUUCUCCUUUGUGCCAGUGGUUGUAUCUUGAAGCAGCAGAUACUGUUGAGUCCCUGGGCAGUCCUGGUCGCGAAGAGUUCCUCCCACGAGGAGAUAGAUAUGAUGCCUUACGAGCCUGCAUUGGAAAUACAUUGUGUCAGAAACUACACAAUCUGAAUGUCUUCCUAGUAGGAUGUGGCGCCAUAGGCUGUGAAAUGUUAAAGAACUUUGCAUUACUGGGUGUUGGUACAAGCAGAGAGAAGGGAAUGGUUACAGUUACAGAUCCUGACUUGAUAGAAAAAUCCAACCUAAACAGACAGUUCCUAUUUCGACCUCAUCACAUCCAGAAACCUAAAAGCUAUACUGCUGCUGAAGCAACUCUGAAAAUAAAUCCUCAAUUAAAAAUAGAUGCACAUCUGAACAAAGUUUGUCCAGCCACUGAGAGUAUAUACAGUGAUGAAUUUUACACUAAGCAAGAUAUCAUUAUUACAGCACUAGAUAAUGUGGAAGCCAGGAGAUAUGUAGACAGCCGUUGCUUAGCAAACCUCCGGCCUCUCCUAGAUUCUGGAACAAUGGGCACAAAAGGACACACUGAAAUUAUUGUACCUCAGUUGACUGAAUCUUAUAACAGUCAUCGGGACCCCCCAGAGGAGGAAAUACCGUUCUGUACUCUGAAGUCCUUUCCAGCUGCUAUUGAACAUACUAUCCAGUGGGCAAGAGACAAGUUUGAAAGUUCCUUUUCCCACAAGCCUUCACUUUUUAACAAAUUUUGGCAAGCCUAUCCUUCUGCAGAAGAUGUCUUACAGAAAAUACAAAAUGGACAGAGUUUAGAAGGCUGUUUUCAAGUUAUUAAGCUACUUAGCAGAAGACCCAGAAAUUGGUCCCAGUGUGUAGAAUUAGCAAGACUAAAGUUUGAAAAAUAUUUUAACCAUAAGGCUCUACAGCUUCUUCACUGUUUCCCUCUUGACACACGAUUAAAAGAUGGCAGUUUGUUUUGGCAGUCACCAAAAAGGCCGCCUUCUCCAAUAAAAUUUGAUUUAAAUGAAACUUUGCAUCUCAGUUUUCUUCAGAGUGCUGCAAAAUUAUAUGCUACAGUAUAUUGCAUUCCAUUUUCAGAAAAGGACUUAUCAGUGGAUACCCUCAUGGAUAUUGUUUCAGAAGUUAAAAUUCAGGAAUUCAAACCUUCCAACAAGGUUGUUCAAACAGAUGAAACUGCAAGGAAACCAGACCAUGUUCCUAUCUCCAGUGAAGAUGAGAGAAAUGCUGUUUUCCAACUAGAAAAGGCUAUUUCAUCUAACAAAGCUACCAAAAGUGACCUUCAGAUGGCAGUCCUUUCAUUUGAAAAAGAUGAUGACAAUAAUGGACACAUCGAUUUCAUCACAGCUGCAUCCAACCUUCGAGCCAAAAUGUAUAGCAUUGAACCAGCUGACAGGUUUAAAACGAAGCGCAUAGCUGGUAAAAUUAUCCCUGCCAUAGCAACAUCUACUGCUGCAGUUUCUGGCUUGGUUGCCUUGGAGAUGAUCAAAGUAGCUGGUGGCUAUCCCUUCGAAGCUUACAAAAAUUGUUUCCUUAAUUUAGCCAUUCCAAUAAUAGUGUUUACAGAGACAUCUGAAGUAAGAAGAACUGAAAUCAGAAAUGGAAUUUCAUUUACAAUUUGGGACAGAUGGGCUGUACAUGGAAAUGAAGAUUUCACACUCUCGGAUUUCAUAAAUGCCGUCAAAGAGAAAUACGGAAUUGAACCAACAAUGGUGGUGCAGGGAGUCAAAAUGCUUUAUGUUCCUGUAAUGCCGGGUCAUGCAAAAAGGUUAAAGUUAACAAUGCACAAACUUGUGAAACCUUCGACUGAGAAGAAAUAUGUGGAUCUUACUGUGUCAUUUGCCCCAGACACUGAUGGAGAUGAGGAUUUGCCAGGACCUCCAGUACGAUACUACUUCAGUCAAGACACUGAUGAUUAGUUACCAUAGAGUUACUCCAGGACUACUUUAUUUUGGAAAGUGUACUUAAUUCAGAAGCUAAAAUUAAUCAGCUCAUAAUACUGUGGAUUUCUUUUUGCCUUAAUUUAAGGGAAACAUCAGUAGGAAACUCAACUACACUGAACAAUUAGAGAACAUUUUGGAGCAUAGUACACAUCUGUUGCUUCAUACAGCUAUGAUCACAGCAACUUUGAACUGGAAUACCAUUUUCUAAUGCUUACAAGUUUGUAUAUUAAGCCCUGUGGAUGAAAAGAAGGAACAAAGAAAGAAUUUAUUUAUGACCAGAAGAAAUAAAGAUGAAGAAAUAGAAAAUAGUGAAUCCUGGCUAUUCAGAAAGCUAAAUCCUGUUUUAAGGUUUUCCUUUUUAUUUGGUAUUUGAGACCUGUAUUUCAGUAUAAAUAGUGUGAUACUGUACCUCUGACAUAAUUAAGCUUUGAAAAUUUCAUCGCACUGAGAGACGGAGGGAUGGCAGUGGUAGAUGAAGAGUAGAGAUUUAAAAUUGGGUAGCUACAGUGAGUGUCCUGUUAGCUCUGCUAACAGAGUUUGUUAUAUUACUUCCUCCCCUAAAUCAAGAGUUUUGCAAUAUGAUCAGUGUUGUAAACCAUGAGGUGAUGAUGACAUGUUAACUUGGACUAAAUGUUAACAGUAUUAUAUGCACUCUGACGACUCUCAGAAAAUCCAUGAAUGUGAGCAAGUAAAUGUGGCUAAUCAUUUGAUUGAUAAUAUGCCUUUAUUUUAUUUAUCUGGAAUUCUACAACUAGUCAUAGUAUAUAAGACUGAAAUGUUUUAUAAAAGGAAUAUCCUUAGAAAUAGAUAAAAAUUUAAAAUUAAUACUUGUAGAAUUGUCUUUUUUUUCCUUUCCAACAAUGUAAUAGAGAAAAAAAAACAGUAUUUUUUUUUUAAAGGAAGCUUGUCAUUUUACUCUUCAUUCCCAAAAUGGGAAUUGACAGAGAUAGAAAAAUUAUAUUUUUUUAAGUUUUUCUUUAUUGAGAGAAAUACUCUGUUUCCUGAUAUGAACAGUUGUAAUUAAUGAUAUAAUUGGGUCCAUUAAAAGAUACAAAUAGUAUUGGCUGUAAAAUCAGUGAAAACAGCAUGUGACUCUUUUUUACAGGAUUCUCAUGCACUCUAAACAGCAAGUGCUUACAGCCUCUGAAGUCGCCUGCCUGGGGCUCAUAUGCGUGUCCAGACCAUUAGUAGCUACUUUGAUGAAUUAAAAUUUAGAUUACAUCAGUAUUACUCCAAUGGUAUCUCUUUAUUCUCUGUACUUACUUUCCAUUAACAACUAAUUUAAAUCUAUGUUGACCAGCUUUGGGGUUCCUCCUCUUAUGAAAUACCCAGUUGGGAAAUGGGUGAGUUUCUGUAAUAAAAUAUUCUGUUCAUUGAGAGAUGGAGAAAAGUGGCAGGAUCCAUUUUAAAGAAACUAUUGUUUUUGUCAUAUCCUACUCUCUUCCAUUUUGCCUAUUCCUAGUAUAAUGUUCAAAAUUAAUGUUACAUAAAUUGAAUACAGGAACAUCAAAGGCUCUGUGGCUUAGAGCUUAAUGAGGGUAGAAAUAAUAAAAGGAGUUUUGUUAAAAAAAAAAAAAAAGCCCCUUUUCCCAGUUUUUAUUUUGUCUUCUGUUCUUUGGUAGUAAUGUGUUUUCUAGGUAACCAUUCAGCAAUCCUCAAACAUGAACCAAUAGCUUGGGUAUGUUUACCUAAGUCUCUGCAUCUCUUUGGAAGUAAAUGAGAACCGUGCUUUGUAGAAUGCAUCAGUAAAUAAAAUCAGCUGGGAUUAGGCUUGUUUUACAAUUAAACCUACAACCAUUUUGCCAUUUGUUUUUUCUGUAGGUGAUGGUUAUUACUAUCCUCCUAAAUAUUACUAAGCUAGAAAGCCACAGUGAAGUUAAUGACAACUUUUUCCAUUGUUUUAUUUUGUACCUUAAGAUUAUUGUUACUGAAAUAUAGCUAUUGAAUACUGGGUGCAAAAAAAAAAAAAGAGAGAGAAAGAGAGAAAGAAAACCAAUUUGGUGUUACUCCAUUCAUUGAUACAUAUAUACAUAUAUCCUAAAAAUCAGUCCAAGAAAUUUUAGAAUAUUGUCAUAAACUGUGUUCUGUGGUUCAUUGAAGAGAAUUUAAUUAUACCUCUUACUGUGUGGUAAGUAGUACCAUGUCUGUGUUUCCUCAUUUCUAUGCUUUGCAAGCAGACUAGUUUUGGCAUAUAGUCAAAGGGACAGAGUGUGCUUAAUAAGCUCUGAGCCCUAACUUUAAUCCCCAAGAGCAAAAAGAAAUGAGAAAAACAGGCAGAAAUAGUCACUCUAUGAGAAACCUAGUUUGGGGUUUCAAAAGUCAAUUCCUUAUAGAAUCUGAAGCAGUUAUAUUAUGUGUCUUAAGUUCCUUACACAUUGUUCCAAAAGUAGAACUUGAUUAAAAAAUAUAUUAUUUCUAUAGUUUAUCUUUCAUGGCACACAACAUUGUUAGGACAGUGUCAGUGCAAAAAUAGAGCCAUAGCCAGGCUGUAUGUAACUCUACAGUUGAGUACUUGCUAGCAAACACGAGACUCUGGGUUUGAGUACCAGCUCAAAAACAGAAAUCAGAAAGUUUGCAUCUAGGGAGUCAGAUGAAGAAUCAGCAGGCAAUUUGUGUUUGCUUUUCUCUUGCUGUAUCUGGAAAGCUUGUCUGUUUUGUGGGUGUGGAUUAUGUAUGUCUAUGCACCACAUGUGUACAGUGCUCUUGAAGCCAGAAGAGGGCAUCGGAUCCCCCAAGACAAGUUACAGACAGUUGUGAUCAGCCAGGUUCUCUGGAAGGGCAGCCAGUUAUUUUAACCACUGAGCCAUCUCUCCAGCCCCAGAAGCUUCCUGUUUUAAUUGAGACAUGCAUGCUGAAAGUAUAUAAAAUGUGAAUAUACAGUUUAAGGAAUAGUUUUAAAAUGUUCGCUUAUCUGACCAGUAUUGAAGUUAAUACAUCAUUGAUAUCAGGAACCUUCCUAAUCCCUCCCAGUCACAGAUAUCUUAAACCCUUUUUUGGUUCUGUUACCUUGUUCUUGUGGUGUUACCCCCUCUGUGUGUAAAUCUAAACAACAGUUUAGAUCUGCCUGCUUUGGAACUGUAUGUAAAGAAUCAUUCUGCAUUUAUGUCUUUCGUUCACUGUGAUCCAUCCAUGUUGUAGCCAUAUUUUAUUUACCGUUGCUGUAAUAGUUUACCUUUGCAUUAAUAUACCACUUUACAUUGUACUGACUGUGAAUGAUAAAGAUGUAUUUAGUUCGGGGUAAUUACAGUUCUGUAAUAAAUGUUAUUUUGUUUCUCCUCGGUUGCAAAUGGUGGAAGAUAUCUAGGAUCAAAAUUGCCUGGUUGUAGAUAUUUUUUAAUAUUUCAGUUUUGAAAUUAAAAUAUGAAAAUAUAAUUACAUCAUUUCCCCCUUCCAUUUCCUCCUUCCAACCCUUCCCAUGCACCAUCCCUUUGCUCUGACGUCCAUUUUCUCCACAUGGAAAUCAGUUUGGAUGGUUUUUGUUUUGUAUUUUGACAGCGUGGUGGAUGUGCAGUUUGUAUUUCAUUGACCGUUUCCUCUGUUCUCUUAUUGCCAGGGGUGGAGGGAAUAGGCACCUUUUUCACAUAGCCAUUUCCACUUUCUUUUUUGAAAAGUGUGUUGUCAGAUCUGUUACAUAUCUUCCUUUUGUGUUGGCAAUGCUUUUCCUCACUUGGUACGAGAAAGAUCUUUAUAAAUCAUGUUCUUUAUAGUUUUAAAUAAUAAUAAAAUAAAAUAAAAUAGUUUUGUUCUAUGUAGUUUUAAAUAUCUUCUGUUCUGUAGCUAAAGGUGAGAUACCUAGUAGGACCCAUCUCUUGUUUCAUAAUUAAACCUCAUUGCCAGCCUGGGGGAUCUUCUGAGAUCCUCCUGUUGUCUUCUAAGCACUUUAGUUUUGCCUUUCAGGCUUAAGUUGUAAUUCAUAAGGAGUUAAUUUUGAACAUGAUGGCUAAUACUAUACUAGUAGUAAGUAAUUAGGUAAAGUGUUUUCCUUUUUUCCCUGGUUCUGCCAAGGUAGCAUUAGAAAAUAUGUGUGUUUCCUAAUGAAACUUUUGUUCCUUUCCUUUUCUGCCCUAAUGAGAAUUACUCUCUUCAUCACUGUAGCUGAUAAUAUUUUUAUGUUUGACAAAAUUCGUCCUUCAAACUUAGUUUUUUUUCUGUUAAUAUGUCUUGGCUAUUCUUAGCCCUUCUAUUUUCCAUUCUCAGAUUUCUUUGUAAACUUGCAAACUGGUCACUCCGGCAGUUUUCACUUUUCUUGCCAAAAGAAUCUUAAUUUCUCAUUUAGGUGUGGUGUGUGUUUCUACACAUGGUACACACUUUUCUGUGUUUGUGCGUACCAUGGGUAUAUGAUAUGCAUACCGUGUGUAUGCAGGUGCCUGUAGAGCCCAGAAGGCAUCAGAUCCCCUAGAUCUGGAGUUACAGGCAUUUGUGAGUUGCCCAAGAAUGGAUGCUGUGGACCAGACCCUGAUCUUCUCAAGAGCAUCAAGUACCCUUACCCACUGAACCAUCUCUAAUCAAAAACAGCAUAGUGUGCCUAAUUUCAGAAUCUAAUGCCUUCCUCUGAGUCUGUUAUCUGAUGCAUUCUGUUCUUUUCUGUAUCCAGUAUCCUUUUAAUACUUGCCAGUAUUUUACUUGAAAUUGUGCAGAAAUUAUUUAAUAGAAUAAUUAUUUUCAUUCUUCAAAGACUUGUUUGCUUCUGCCUGGGGACUAGUAACCUAAAAUCACUUUGAUGGAAUUUCAGUCACUCAGAUUUUCUAGCCCUUCUAAUGUGAUUCAAAGUAGAACUUCAGAAUACUAUUCUCCUAUUCUCUUAUUGUCUGUCCUUACCCUUAAAGUUCAUCUCUUCAAAUUUCCAAAUGUGAUUUGAAGUUACCAGGGUCCUCACCUCUUGACUGGCCCUAAAAAUUAGGUCGUUUUUUUCUUAACCAAGGCCCCCCUAAACUAAAACUCAGAAUAUAAAGAUUAUUAUAAGAGCCAUAUGUUUGGAAAAUACUGAUGAUUUAAAAACUCAUAUAAAAAUCCUAAUGAGCCAGGUUCAUUGUAAUCUAACCCAUAUUUGUCUCACAACUUUUUGGUGUUAUUUCAGUGGGUCCCUAAAGAGUGGACAUGUUUGGAAUAUAGUCUUGCUGUUUUUAUUUUUAGGUGAGACUUUGAAAGGUGAUUAGGUUACAGGAGAUCAGCCAUAGCACCAGUGGUUUCAAAGGUGGAAGUGAGCCUGACUUAAAAUGAUUUUUCCGGCCAGGUUGAGACCCAAGAAGGGGGGUCCUACACAAUUUUCAGUGCUGUACAUUUGAGCUUCCAAUAUCCAUACCCAUGAGCAAAAUAAAUUUUCACUCCUUUAACAUUAA